AUGGAACUACUAUGUCGUAAAUCAGCUCUGCGCAGCUAUGGACGACUCAUGACCGGCAAGACAGUCGGACUGGUUGUCGGCCGUUAUGAUGAGAUUGACUGCGUUAUUUCCAUCCUCUGCCGCAAGACCAAGAACUGCGCUGCGCUGCGCUGGUUGGUCCCUCUGUGCGAGGGGGGAGGGCCAGCACCUUCUCGUCGCUGUCGCGGGGCGUUCUUGGCUCCGAUCGCUUGCCGGCUCCGGGCGGAUUUUGGAGGGGACAAUCGUGCCAGGAUUAGCCGGACCCUGCGCCGGAUCAGCGCGAUUAGGAACAGGCAGGGAGACAUUGUAGGACUGACCUGCCGCGUCGGGAGGGCUGUGCCCGGAAGUGCUAAUUUGCUUCAGGAUUUGGUGAAGGCUGGUGGGUCGUUGCUGCUCAUCGGCCCACCAGGGGUGGGGAAGACAACAGUCAUAAGAGAAAUUGCACGAAUGCUAGCAGAUGACUACGAUAAGCGGGUGAUGACUGUUGAUACAUUCAAUGAGAUAGCUGGAGAUGGCGACAUUCCUCACCCAGGAAUAGGCAAAGCCCGUAGGUUGCAAGUGCCUAUCCAAGAAAUGCAGCAUAAGGUGUUGACAGAAGCUGUGGAAAAUCACAUGCCUCAAGCAAUCGUCAUUGAUGAAAUUGGAACUAAGCUAGAGGCUAUGGCUGCUAGCACCAUUGCACAGCGGGGGAUACAACUUGUUGCCUCCGCUCAUGGUGUAACAAUAGAGAACCUGACCAUGAAUCCUUCAGUAGAUAUGCUUGUCGGAGGAAUACAGGUAAUGACAUGCUGCACUUGA